CACCAAACAGGACUAAGUCAUCUGCGUAUUCUAAGUCGAUAAGUGGACCUCCUGGUAGCAGAUUAAUUCCUGAAAAUUUAGACGACGAGAAAGUCAUCUCCAGCAGUAGGUCUAUGAUGAAAUUGAACAAAAAUGGAGAUAGUGGACAUCCUUGUCGGACAGCACUUGAAAUUGAAAAUUCAGAUGACAGUUUGCCAUAGGCUUUGACUCGACUGGUAGUGUUUCGGCUGUAGGGAGUUUCUGGCAUCUGAAAAACGACUUUCAAUAUUUCAGUCUUAUAUUUCACCUCAUUCUUAGUUUUCCCAUCAACCUUUACUUCAAAAUUCAGAAAUGAUUCGAUUUGUUUAUUUUACCGUUAGAGUCUUCUGCACUCGAAGAGAAGUGCUAUUUAGGGAUUGCAAAUACAGACCACACGUACUGAACCAAUCAAGUUCGAGUACAUUUAGGUUUUCUUUAACAGUGUAGCAUAAUUUAGGGAUGGUUUUACCUUGGUACAGAAUAUUACAAUGUAACAAUAUUUCACCGCAAUUCACUACAGUCUGAGGUGUUUUCUUGAGUUAUAGCGUGGGUAUGUGUCUGUAUAAUUUCGUUAAAAUGGUUAUAGUGUCGUACGCAGUAUUUAGCUACAGACGCGUUGUGUAUUCGUUGAUUUGUAACCAUCACGAUCAUCUACGAAUUUUAUGGACAGGCUUUUUGAAUGAAUAUGAGGUUUGGGCUGGGAGGACUUUCUACGUUUUGCUAUAGAUGUGAUGGUGCUAGGACGUUAUACGCGAUACUCAUCUCUUUUUAUAACCAGUUGCAUUGUUUACAACAAUGUUUCUUGCUUGAGCGACAUUCUUCACUGUCACAACAUGUUUAUGAAGAUGUUUUCCAGGUGUUGGUUUAUAGGGGUUGACUGGGUAAAUGCUUUGAACUUGUAAUCGUGUACACUACUGGAUUGUCUCGGUUACUACAGCAUCAAUGUGCAAUGUUUGGGGUUUGUCAGUCGUUGGCAUUCCAUAUUAACUAACUAUAGCGUUAUCAAGAGGUCUUAGCUAAUUUCAAACUUGUGGGUAUCUUAAUCUCUUGAAGGCUUUAUUCCACAGACAAAAAUGAGACACUUGGAUCGGUCAUGGGCUGUCUUAAUCUGAAGCGUUCGCAUUAUCGUUAGCCUACGUAAAUAAAAAGGUCUUCAGUUUACCGUUUUAUCAACACUACUGAUGUCUUGUAUUCAGAGUAAGGACUAGUUCUUAGAAAUCCAUUCCCUUUACUGUCUCUUUAAGAUUGUGAUCACUUGGCCGAUGUGGCAAUAUGAAGUUUGAGUCCUUUUCAUGUUCUGUGGUACCUGGAGUAUUAGAGCAUCAGAGAUUUAUUAGCGAUUUGUUCUGUUGCCGAUGUAGUUCAGGACUGGGCAACCUAACUCGGUGUUAUAGCACGUAAUCUCUCUGUCACAGCUGUCGGUGUCGUAUCCUAUUAAAACAUCAACUUGUAAUCUGGGUCAGUCAAAAUUGUUUCUGAAGUAACCGUCACCACUGUCGUAAAUCCCACUGAAACAUAUAAAUUAACACUGUCAUCACAGUUAUAAUCCAAAGACUUCACAAAAUAACACAUUUAUAUACGGAAUAUUAAACUAAAGAACAAAUAUAUUCAAGAGCCUUUUAAUAAGCAAAUAAUUGGAAAAUAUGAAAAAUAUAUGUCAUUCACUCUACAGUGCAAUUAAUAUAUGACUUUAAACUUAUCUUGUUUCGUUUACCUGUUUUUAAUCACUAUUAUUCCUUGUUUUAAGCUUCAUGAUCUUGAUGUUGUGUUAUUGUGUGAUACUUAUCGUGAUGAUCAUGUGCGAAGUUGUCCGGAUAGUUACUACUGUAAUCUGUUUUUUUCUUAAAGUUUUGUUCUUCGGUUAGAUAUGUGCUUAGAAAUAAUAGAGAAGUAUUAAGCUAUGUCUGAACCCUCUCAAAUUCAUGCGAAACUAUACAUUGUUAGGUGAAAUUUAGUAAGAAACUGUCCAUCCUUUUCGGGUUAAAUGAAGGAAUUGGUAUUUAGGUAUAAAAUUUUUUAGAAAGGUAAAUGACACCAAAUUGUUACACUUUGUAAAAUACUUGUUCUUGAUCUUAUCGUUGAUUGUUUACUUGCUUUUUAUUGCCAGACUGAGAUAAACCAAAAUCACAAACUCUAAAAGUUUAUAUGUUUGUUCGUUAUUUUUAGUGAACUUACUCUACAUUUUAUACCAUCAUACACUUUCCCUCUUUAUGAGUUAGGUAAUCUCAACACCAAUAACUUUAUAAUAUAUGUGUAUCACUUAGCUGUUUGUUAGUAUCUUUUACUACCUAGUAACACCAAGUUUGCGUGCCACGAUGUACAAAAUGUGUGGAGACUCAUCUGACCCUGUCGACAUACUCAUACCCUUAUACGUAAGUACAUCAUGUACUGUGCAUCUUUGAAAUGCAAAUUACUUUUGAAAGAUUGAAAGGAAUCCGUGCCGCAUUCAUUCUUUUUAGGUAACUUGUUAGAAAUAGUCGGGAAGUUCAUGUAUCUGGGUAGUGUUAUCAGAGAGGAUGGCGGCAUGACAAACGAAACCGAUAUACGUAUAGUGAAAGCCAGAAUGGCUUAUACCAAUUUGGAAAGUCUUUGGCAACGCUGUGAUAUUAGUCUGGCUGUAUAUAACCGGGUUUACAACCCGUGGGUAAGAGCGUUUCUGCUCCAUGCUUGUGAAAACUAGCGUUUGGCGACUCCAUUUAAUCAUCCUUAUCUCCAAAAGGAUUGCUCAUAUCCAUUGUCAACACUAUGUUAGUAACGUUAAGGUUCAGCACUUUGUGUUCAAACGCAGUGGCGAUAAUUCAGUUCAAAUUACCAUCUCGAAACACCGACUUCGAUGGCUUGGGUAUGUGUUACUAUUGUCAUCCCAUUGAUUUCCACAUCGUUCAUCAUUUAACAAAUCUGGGACUGGGGGAAAAAAAGUAAGGAAGUGAUUAGUUUUUGACAUGGUGCCUUUGCAUUAAAUAUUCCUGACAUCUAUUGGUCCAUUGCGGUUUUUGAUGCUAUCAGAUAUAAUUCAAAAUAGAAUGCAGUGGCUGUGUUGUUGUAGUUUUCUGGUGAAUGUUUGAGAAAAAUAGGAUGAACUCCGUUAACUAGAAGAAGACUUUCUUGACUACAUUCUUAGCUGAACGGUACCAAAUACUAUUCCUCUUCAACUAUUUAUUGAUUCUGCCAUCCUUCUCUUUUCUAUUUCUUCACAAUAUUACCACUUCAUUUGUAUAGCGCAUUUUUUAAAAUGUAGUGAACCAUAACCUACGUGUUUUAAAUAAAUGAUAUGUAGACUAGUUCAUAGUAUACAUACCAUUACUUUUACUAAUUACACAAAUUCAAAUUGUUUUAUUUUUUUAGAAUUUUAACAUUGUCUUUAAAUCGAUAUCUUAAGGUUUAUGAAAUUAUUCUGUUAAACUUACCAGUUCAUAAAAAAUGAGUAAUUAGCUACUGAACAUAAAUCAUAGUGAAAAUGCAUUCAAAGUUCAUAAAGUAAUGCAGCAAAAAUGUGUUCAAAGUCGACUUUAUAUUCAUCUUAAAUCAAUAUUGAUUUUCCUCCUUAUAAGUUAUAUUUGGAGAUUCAACAUCCUCAAUAAAUCCAUAUACAUAUCGCUUCCUUUCCUUCUUUUUUAUAACUACGUGAAAGAAUAUUCUUGGCUUUUUUCAUCUUUAUUGAUACUCGUAUUUUCCAUAUAUGUUUCAAGAUAUUCAUAUGUUUAUAUUUUAGGUGGUUGGGUUCUAAGCGUUUCAUUUUCGGCAGAUGGAAACAAAUUAGCAUGGACUAAGCAUAAUUCAACAAUUUUUGUAGCUGAUGCAAGUAUCAGUGCCACACCUAUUGUUACACGUUUACGAACUGAUUUCUUACCUUUCGUCAGUUGCAUUUGGAUUGGACCAUCAACUUUUGUAGCAGGUGGUUACGACUGUUGUCCUAUGCUGUUUAGAUAUAAUGACCAAUCGAUCAGUUUUGUUCACCAGUUGGAUACUAAGAGUGAAUCUCGAUAUGGUGGAAAGGUAACAGCUAUGAAGAAAUUUCAAGAUAUUGAUCGCAUGGCUACAGCUGAUAAUACUAGCUCUCGUUUACCGACGAUUCAUCAAAACUGCAUUAAUGAAAUUCGAAUUCUUAAAGGUGAUCGUUCAAUGGCUUCAGAACUCAGUUCAGUCGGUCGAGAUGGUAAUCUCGUAUUGUGGAACUUUCCAACACUAUCUGAACAAAUUGCAGAUUUAAAGAUAGUUUGA